CGCACAAGUUUCGGGUCUGGAUACGGCGAGGGGAGGAGCGCGAUGAGCUUUGUGUGCAUCUUGGCAUGGUGCAGACCAGACCGGGUGUUCUUACUCUUGUCCCUUCGCCGUAGAAACGGCCUCUGUGCUGACGAGGUGAAUCAAGUCUAUGGUGAGGCCGGUGGAUAUGACGUUGCGUUAUUUGCUCGUAAGGCGCACUCUGUGGGGAGGCGCGGGGCAGGAAUUUCACGAUAGUUUUUUUUUUUUUCCCCCCCCUCACUACGAUACACUAUGGGCAACAGAAUCUCUGCAACAAGCAGAGUGUGAAAAGGGGAAAAGAAGGAAAAAAGCGAUGAUCGGCCCUGAGAACGCGGCCGAACGGACGUGAUGUGGACAUCCACCUAAAUGGCCUUAGAUUCUGCCGAGGUAAGGAGCGUCGCUCCACUUCAAACAUUCGAAAUGAAUCUAGACGUCGUGGUGGCCAGGGUACUUUCAAUAUGUGGGAUCAGUUUGCAUGCAUCUGAGCUUUAUAUUGAACAGAUGCAUGCCGAAUGUUGAGCUGCGGAGCGAGGUCCUAAGGCUUCGAAAAGGCAGGAACAACGGAAGUAUGAUUAAAAUUGUAGCAUGUAGACUCCACAGCAGCGGUCGAGUAUGAUGUGAAUCGUCCUGAUUUUCUGACAAUAUAUGUAUGUUGAAAUUUUGUAAAGCUUGAUUAAUUUUCUCAACAAAUACCGUAAUCCAUGCAUCACAACGUCGAGGAGAGACUCCCCGGAAGCCCAUGCUUACAAAUUGGCCGUGAACGAAGUGCAUCCCUGAACAGAAAGACACUUAGUCUAGACCGUUGCCACGGUGACCAGAGCUCACAACUGUUGCCUUGCCACCAGAGCUCGAACGCGCCGCGGAAUCGUAUCAUCAAAAAUUGGAUUCUUGAGCUCAUGGACCUGGACUCAUUAUGCUUGAAACGCCACCAUAGCUGUGUUGGGACAAGCACAGCUAUGGAGGAACAGAAGGUGAAACGACAGGGAAGACAGCAUAGUGUCGUCAUCAGAGAUGAUGAAUCUGGGAUCUGUAGCAGUAUGGGGACAGUAAGCUCUAGGCAGCAGACACACUGGAUGAAGAGCGAAGGGUCAGUGGCAGUGGGUCAAAGGAGUAGGUUCCUUUGUGCAUUGUCACUGCCACACCUACUGUUCGUAACUGCAGCGGCAGCAGCUCUCACACUCUCCCAUUUUGCCGCUCCAGUUGCCGCACAGUCAUUCCAGGUGACGCUUCUCCCAGCCAACAACACGCAGCAAUUGCAGUGGAUAGCAGACAUUGCCUUCAGUCCCGUGAACGGCUCGUCGCCCCCGACCUACCAGUUCUGCUUUAGGGUAAGAGACUGGACAUCCCCAGAAACUGUCACAAUGAUCACGUUGCGUUAUGGCCAAAUCCAACAAUACGUCCUUAGGCGAGCAAGCGUCCUGCAGAUAGAAGCCUCCUCACCAUCUGUGACUGAUAACCAGCUAGAAGCCUGCAAUGCGAGUGUCAGCAAGCCGACAUACGAUGAAGUUCAGGAGCGGAUUAAGCAAGGAAGCAUAUUCGCUGUGGUUCAUACUGGGGAUAAUUACCAGGACUACGUUCUUGGAGUACUCAAGACUGUGGAGAAAGUGCCCCCCUUCCCUCCAGCCAGUGCAACACCAGCGGCAAUACCCUCAGUGCCAAUGUCGACGGCAAUGGCAGUUGGGUCGAACCCAGCAAGCCCCGCUCCGUCGGGGACUCCGUCGGGUAUUCCGCCGGGGACUCCGUUGGGGACUACGUCGGGGACCUCAACAGUGCCAACACAGAAUGCUGCAGCUGCCACCGGAGGCACGGGCACAGAGAAUUCCUCUGCCUUGUCCUGGGCCCAAGGGGCACACACAUGGAGCCUACGCCUAGCUGCUGUCCUACUUUCCCUGUCAGUGACUGCUGCUGCAUCUUGAUCUUCUUCUUCUUCUUCUUCUUCUUCUUCUUCUUCGUCGUCGUCGUCGUCGUCGUCGUCGUCGUCGCCGUAGUCGCCGUAGUCACCUUAAACCAACAGGUUCUUUCCAGGUAUCACGACAGUGCCACAAGGCCCUACAGGCUGCGUGGUAUACCACAGCAACUUUCACAGGUACUUGUGGUUUAAGCCAUUGGCCAGAAAGCAAGCGAACACAUGAAGGUGUCCGUUUGCUUUCAAGUGCUCAUCCAUUGCUGAAUACAGGUUGGUAUUCCGUCACAGCCAGAUACUGGCUAAAGAACGAGGAGGAGGAGGAGGAGGAGGAGGAGGAGGAGGAGGUGGUGGAGCCAUGGAGGAGCAAGCGCAAAUGCUCGGAUAACAGAUAGACAGUCUAAAGGUGAGGGGUGACAAAAGGACAGCCUGUAUGACGGCAAUGGCAUAAAGGUGGCACAAUGGCGACUGAUGCUUGGUCUGUUUUUGACAGGAAGCGAAGAGGAGGGACACGGAGGGUGGCAAGAGAGAGGGGGCAUCAGUUGCAGGAAUGACACUGCUGACUGGCUUCUGCUUCAGAGAACUAACUGAUGUGCAUUUGUUUAUUUUGACUUAUAUAAAGAAUGCAAUUUAAUUUGGAUCCUGUUGCUACGUAUGAUGGAGUGACAGGGAUCUAUCCUAAGGCUUAUUGUGAGAGAUAACUAUCAACUCUGCUUAGAGAUAUUCGUACAGCAUGCCUUUCCACAGGAUAAACAAAUUCUCCCCCUUUCAUCAUCAAGCUGCCUUCAUUGGUGGCUCCUCCAUUCACUUAGCUUUUCACUGUGAUGCUCUCCCCCCUUCCCAUUGUCGCUGCCCAACCCCCAGCCCUGGUUUAGGGUUUAUGCACCAUAGGCCUGCCCUGUUUUGGGGUAUAUGCACCCAUACACCUGCCCUGUUUUAGGGUUUAUGUACCCCUUGCCCUGUUUCAGGGUUUAUGUACCCUUGCCCUGUUUUAGGGUUUAUGUACCCCCUUGCCCUGUUUUAGGGUUUAUGUACCCCUGGCCCUGUUUCAGGGUUUAUGUCGACAGAACGGCGUUCGUGUGCAGUGAAAGUGGACGGUUGUGACAGUACACUGCAUGACAGCCUAUGGGCAACAGGCUCUUCUACAGCACCUUAACCCCCACCCUGUUCUUGUACAGUGCCCCUAAGCCUGUGGCCAGCACGCAACAUUCGCAGCAAUAAGGACCCCUCCUCUGUAGACAAGUCCUCUCUAUUUAUCGAGAAGCAGAUCGCACUCACAAGUCCCCUCGUUGUAGACGCAAAGAUCGUGAAUGCUAUACAACUACGCCCAAAAUCUCAAUAUGUGCCGAAAUCUCUGUAAUUAUCGCAUAAUAUGCUUACAAAGACCUC